GACUAGAGGCGAGGCACAAGUCAAAAAAAAGAAGAACGGAGGCGAGCCAUGGCGGCGCCGGCUCCAGCGCCUCACUCCCGCACGCCCGGCCGCUAGGGACCUCGCCGACGAGCCACUCCUCCGCCUCGCCGCGACUCUCUCAACCCCGGCCGCCACUCUCCCGUCCUCGGCCGGGAAUCCCCCGUGCACACUGCCGCUAACCCUAGCGGUCGCCGCUCUCUACUCGCCCCCACGCUCUCGUGCCCGUGCUGCAAGAAGAGGAAGAAGGCCACGCCAUACCUUGCUCCGGCUCUGCCUCCAUCUGUUGUCAGCCAUGGGAGAUUUCCCACCUCAUGUUGAUACCAGCGAUGCAUUUCAAGUAGAAGUAGAUGUUCAAUCAUACUUGACGAUUGCAGAUGGCAGAAAAGUGUAUAAAAGAGGCAAAACGUGGUCGUUUGUUGUGGAUCGUGGUUUGUCCGUGGAGGAUAUAAAGCAUGCUGUAGAGGAGAAAUUCCAGUGGUCAAAUGAUCAACGAAUGACUAUUUGGUAUGGGUCGGGUGAUGAUGUUGUGCCUUUGAUUUCUGAAUCAGAGAUAGCACAAUUGUUUGAUAGAUGUGCUAUCUCGAGGAUAAUAAGAUUUGGUGUGACAAUUGAGAACAAAAGGCAAAAUAAUGAUCCUACUCUUGUCACUGUUGAUGAUGAGAAUGAUGAGCCUGUCCAUGCUCCUUUCUUUGCAUGGCCGAAACAAGCAUAUGAAGGGGAGUAUGAGGAUGAUGAGCCUGUGGGAUUUAAUGAAGAGAAGAAAUAUUUGCCAGAGGAGAAGGCCGAGCCAGAGGUAGUUGUUGCAAGGGUUCCAUUGGGAACACUAGAUGUUCCCAACUCUUAUGAUCCGCAACAUGUGCUAGGCGAUGAUGAAACUUUACUCGCUAACAAGGUGGCUCCCAUGUAUAUCCAUGAUAGAAACAAUCCUCGAAUUGAAGUAGGCACCACAUUUGCUGAUUCUAAAGCAUUUAAGGUUGCAUUGAGACAACUCGCAAUUAGAGAAGAUUGGUCAUUUAUCACAGAGCAUAGUGACUCAAAGAGAUUCAAUGGGAGAUGCACAGAUAAGGAUUGUCCAUGGAAGAUACAUGCCUAUAAGAUAAAGAAUGCUAAUACUUUCAAGGUAUCAAAACUUCCUUUCCUCCACGAAAAAAACCAAAGGCUGAAGCAAGCAUGGCAGCCACUUCUCCGAGAACACCAACUAAGCAAUGUACUCAUCAUGUUACUCCUACUACAAGUCCAAUGACAAGAAGCAUGGCUGCAGCUAUUGCGCAUUCUUCUACACCUCCCAGUGCAUCCACAAGGAGCAAAUCUGUUGCUGCUAGUCCUCUUCAACAAAUUUAGUGCAUUUGGGUGUGAGAACCAUGAUAUUUUGCUAUGUAUAUGAAGUGUUGCGGUCUGAACUACUUUGGUGCUCUUUUGGUGAUCUAAAACCACUAUGUAUUGCUACUGAAUAUCUAUCUUAUAUUAUCUAUACAUUUGUGUUCAAAGGUUGCAGAAA